AUAUUUGCCUCUUAACCAGCCAACAACACAACAAAUGAUGUUUAAUGUGAUAUCUAAAGCUCCAACAACCGUAUUUUUGAUGGGAGCUCACACCAACUUUGCCCUUUUCCUUAUGCGUUACCCUCACUUAAAGAAAAAUAUCAAACAUAUUUAUGUAAUGGGUGGUAGUGUGAGAUCUAAAAAUCCCUCGGGUUGCAGCACUAAAGACAAUAUUAUGUCAUGUCAGCCAUUAAAAAAUUGUGAUCUUGGGAACUUGUUUAGUGAUUACACAAGUAAUCCUUAUGCUGAGUUUAACAUAUUUCUAGAUCCAUUUGCUGCAUAUCAGGUUAUUCAUUCACAGAUCCCAAUCACCCUGGUUCCCCUUGAUGCAACUAACACAAUCCCAAUGACAAAAGAUUUCUUUGAGACAUUCGAGAAGAACCAAAAAACCUACGAGGCACAAUAUUGCUUCAGGUCUUUAAAAAUGGCUCGUACUGGAUUGUCAGAUGACCAAUUUUAUACGGUUAUUCGCAAUUGUAUGCAGAACUAUUUUAUGUGGGACUCUUUAAUGGUUGGUAUAGCAGUUUCAAUCAUGCGUAACCCAUACAAUGAAAGAGGGGAAAAUGAUUUUGCGGAAAUGGAGUAUAUGAACAUAACUGUCCACACAUCCAAUAAACCUCACGGAGUUUCAGAUGGGUCAAAUCCAUUUUUUAAUGGACGUAAGGUUCCCAAAUUUCAGUUGAAGAAACGUGGAGUUCAUGAUGGUCAUGUCCAAAGAUCACUCUAUGAUACAUAUUGCCUUGUUAAAAAUAAGAAUGGUAGAUGCAAGGACGGCUAUACUGAAGAGAUAACUGGUCCAGAAGGUGUGAGAAUUUUGGUGGCCACAAAAGCGAAACCUAAUAAGGAUCAUAAGAGCAUUCUUAACAGAGAGUUUUUUCAGAGUUUCUUAGAUGUAUUAAAUCAUCCUCAUCAAUCAGGAAGAUUUAACUUCACCACCCAAUUUCGUCAUUACAAGAAAGUGCUUCACAAACCAGAUUUCAAAGUGAAAAAGUUGGGGAAACCGGUUAUCUUUGACAUGGAUAUGAGUGCAGGGGACUUUAUCGCUCUUUUGUAUCUCCUAAAAGUACCUACCGAAAUUCUUAACCUUAAGGCAAUAUUUGUUACUCCAACCGGCUGGGCUAAUGCUGCCACCAUCGACGUUGUUUACGAUUUGUUACAUAUGAUGGGACGAGAUGAUAUUCCAGUGGGUCUAGGAGAUUUUUUUGGAAUGAACCAGGCAUACUCUCAAUUUUCUAUUGUCGGAGAUUGUAAAUAUGUAAAGGCGAUCCCACAAGGAAGUGGUGGAUUUUUAGAUUCAGACACUCUUUAUGGGCUUGCAAGAGAAUUACCGCGUAGUCCAAGAAGGUACAUGCCUAAUAACGUGACAUUUAAUACUCAAUUCAAUGCGAAUCAACGUCAACAACCACUUAUUAUGGAUAUAUGGGAGGAUGUCACCAAGAAAAUUGAUGAUCCACAAACAAAGAUUACUAUAUUGACCAACGGACCUCUCACAACCAUAUCCAAAAUAAUUGCUAUUGAUCAAAAUGCAGUCUCUAAAAUACAGGAUUUAUAUGUUUUAGGAGGACAUAUACACAACAAUACUUCAUUUGGAGGAAAUCUUUUUACUACGCCUAUGAAUAAAUAUGCAGAGUUUAACAUUUUUUUGGACCCUUUCUCCGCAAAGAAAGUGAUGGAAUCAAAACUUCCUAUCACAUUAAUUACUUGGGAUUCCCAAAAGAAAGUUAGCUCAUUUUUCUCUAUCAUUGAAAAUCUUUCGCGAGCCAAAAAGACCCCAGAAGUUAUCUUUGCAAAUAAGUUGAUAUCCACAUUGUCGAGGCUACACAAAGAACACCAUCGGUAUAAGAAUGUGGAUACAUUUAUAGGGGAGAUCCUUGGAGCUGUAAUUUUGGCUAGUGGCCCAUCUUUAAAUUCAACCUUUCAAGUUAAGCAUAUUAGAGUUACUGCAACUGGUCGAGAAGAUAUAGAUGGACAAAUGAUAAUCGACUCACACAAAGGAACAAUGGUCAAAGUCCUACAAUCUUUUGACAAUAUUGCCUAUUAUGAAUUCUUUGCUAAUCGUCUUGGUGAUGAAAAACAAUCUGCUGUAUUAGGAAGCUUUUCUAUACAAAAAAGAAUGUGGAACAAAAAACCACCAAGAAGGUUCUGAAGCCCAAGAAAGUUGAUAGAAUGACAUAUAAGAUAUUAUUUCCAUUGGUGUGGUUAUCUUGGCUUAGAUGGAUCCAACAAGGUUAUGAUUUUGCAAGGAUGCAACCAAAUUAUUGGUUUUUCUUUUUUUGGAGAAAAUAAGACUUUCCAUAAAAUAUUGAGUAAGCGCAUAGUGAUUAAGAUGAUAUAUUUGUGUUCAUAAGUUUUAUCAAAAGGCUUAAUUAGUUAUUAACUGUUUUUUAGCUUAAUAGUUCCCUUAAUAUUUCAUUGAAAAUUUCAUCUUACCCAAAUUGUUAAAUAAGAUUUCAUAAUGAUUUUUUAUUAGAGUUUUUAAAUAAA